AUGGAACAGCAAAUAAAGGACGCUUUGUCAUUUCUCAAUCAAUGGGAUUGGAUUCACAACUUUCAAGUCAAGGAUAUUUUUGUGAAAGAAGUUUUUGAAACUAUACCUCUUGAGUGGCUUGCUCAUUUACAGAAAUUAGAAACAAAAGAGAUAAAUGAACUACCUUUCAUGGACACUUUAUGCAAGCACAUGCAUCCUGAUUGGCCACCUAGUCUACACAGCUUCAUAUGUGAAGCAUCCCAUUUGUCUGUUGAUAGAACACAGACGCAGGCUAUUGCGCCUGCAGCCGUUGAUGCAAACAUGGCAAGAGGGAUGAUUCCAAAGAAAUUCCAUGAGGUUUCCUGGAUGGCAUCCCUGGUUAAUGAUAUAGUUUGCAAGACAGACUGUAAUCUGGUCGUGGAUGUUGGAUCAGGGCUGGGGUACCUUGACCACGUUCUUCACCAAGUCUAUGGGCAUGCAGUUAUCGGACUUGAAACGUCACAGAGUCAUACAUGUGCAGCAGAAGUUAGAGCAGCUGAUCAAGGUAUAACUUGCUUGGGAUUCAAGAGCAUCAAGUUCGAUGUUACUGAUGAUGAGAACUGUUUUCAGAAGUUUCAAGAUGUUAUCAGAAGCUCACCUGUUUCCUUUCACUGUAUUCAUUCAAAAUUACAGAAUACUCAAGAAAGUUCUCAACCAUUCCUCCCUAAAGUGUGUUUGAUUGGCCUGCAUUGUUGUGGUGACCUGUCAUCUGCCAUGCUUUCACUGUUUCAUCAUACUGACUUUGUCAGGGCAGUUUGCUGUGUAUGCUGUUGUUACCACAAGAUGGCAUUCACUGAUGGUAAGUUCCUCAAAUUUCCAAUGAGCUUAACAGGCCAAAAAUAUUACCAGGAUCUUCAGAAGAGACUGGGUUCAUGGCAGUUGUCACCUUGUACACUUCGUUUGGGUGCUCAAGAAACAAGAUCUCGUUGGAGAGCUCAGACCUUAGAUGAUCAUGCGAACCACAUACGACAUGUUGCCUUCAGAGGACUGCUUGAGAUGUUGGAUUUUGAAGAUUCUGCGACAGUGAGAAAGAAAGUUAGAAAAUGUGAUUUCUCUUCAUUUGAAAACUUCUUACAGUCAUAUUUCAAAUCUUGUAAUGUUUCAGAAGAAUUGAGAGAAACAGUUAUUUCAGCACUUAGAAAACUUCACGAGAAGCACAACGAUAAAUUUGAUUUCAUAGAGAUUAUUACUUGUCUUCAGAUGAUUGUGCAGCCAGUUAUAGAAGCUUUAAUAUACAGAGACAAGGUUUCAUGGUUGUUAGAGAGAGGGUGGACAGAUGUUAAUGUGAUCCCUAUUUUUGAUGAGCUUCUUUCACCUAGAAAUCUGGCUAUUGUGGCCAUUAAACCUAGUUGA